AUGCUUGACGUGGAAGGCGAAUGAAAGAAUCUAUAAGGAAAAGAAAAAAGGAGAAAGAAUCAGACGGCUCAGAUUCACUUUCUAUUUCUUCCCAUCCCAUUAAUUAUCUCUCCACCCCCUCAUUCCAUUUCUUCUUCAAAAUCUCUCCCAUAAUUCACUCUUCUAUCUCUGAAAACACUAACACCCAAAAAAGAACAUUUAAAAAGAAGAGAAAAAUGAAGGGGUGUUAUUAUUCUUUAUUUUAUUUACAGGAAUUAAUUUCUUUUAAGAAGAAGAAGAUAAUGUAGGGUAAAAGAGGACGUCCACCGAUGAGGAGGAUAACGAGCAUGAUAGGGAUCACCGUUGAUAUAGGGACAGGGACUGGCAGUGAACAAGAGCCGUCUGAUAAUAGGCCUAAAGUUAUGGUUGAUCAUGAUCAGUUUAAGGGUUCAUCAGAGAAGCAAGUAAUGAUGAGCAGUACUGCAAGUGGUAUGGCGGCGAUGGUGUCGCCGAGAUACCAAAGGAGAAUUUCAGGCGAAGGAUUUCAAACAGAGACGGCUAAUUUCUUGAGAACUUGU